CGCGCGGCUGAGGCCGUCGCGGAAGGCGACGUGGCCGUACGCGCUGGUGAGCAUCGUGUUCGUGGCGCUCGUGGCGUCCGAGCACAUCGCGCCGCUGCUGCCCUCCACGACGCGCGCGCGAGAGCAGGCGCGCUCGGCCGACAGAGAGGAGGAGGCGGCGGUGAGCGGGCCGCUGACACGAAUAGUGAGUGCAAUGUGGCGAGCCCCAUCACCUCCCACCGCAACCAACGCCACCACAGCUACCUCCGCACAUGGCAGCAGCGGUGGUGGUGGCAGCAGCACGGCAGGGGCAGAGGGACGAGGGAGCGGCGGGGCGGGCAGGGAGGAGGAGGAGUGCUCCGAGUGCUGGGAGGAGGUGGAUCGGCUGAGAGCGCUGCGAGCGAAGGAGGGAGGUUCCAGUGGACAACUCGUAGCCAAGCCACAUGGCAGCGGGGGGGCAGCAGGGGCGCGCAGGCGGCUGCUGGUGCAAGCAGCCGGCACGAGGGAGGGCGUGCAGGCGGCAGUGGCAGCAGUGGAGGCGGAGGUGGCGGAAGUCAAGGCCAAGAUGAGCGACCUGGCGGUGGCGGUGGAGCAGCUGGCAAAGGAAGCAGCCAACAUCCAAGCCGUGCUGCAGGGGGAGGGCCACUGGGCGUCAGACAACCUCACGCACCAGUUUCUGCUCUCCUCGUCGCCCUCUGACCCCGACCGCUGUGCGCCGCUCUCUCUAGACCGCCGCGCGCUGCAGAGGCAACCCAAGCGCACGCCCAAGGGGCCGCCACUUUCCUGGAAGGGCUAUGCAUGUGAGGCGGCCCCGUCGCAGAUCCAGCGGUACACGGACGUGGAGGCCAGGGCGCUGUGCCCCGACGACUGGUUCUUCGUGCAGGACCUCGUCUUCCUCAAAAACUGCUUCGCCCUGCCGCCCCGUGCCUGCCUUGCCCGCACGCCGCAGCACCCCACAGAGCCGCUGCCGUUCCCGCGGUCGCUGUUUGAGCAAGCAGCCCUGGCGGACGGCAGUGUGCGGUGGGGGCAGCAGCAGUGCGCGUCGUUCCAGUGCCUCAACAGCCGCGCGCUGGGCGACUGCCGCAACUGCUUCAACCUGUCGCUGGAGAGCCACCGCUGGCAGCACCGCUUCCGAGGCAACCCCACCAUGCGAGACGUCAUCCGCAUGAAGAACGGCUCGCUCAGACUGGGUCUGGACGUGGGCGGCGGCACGGGCAGCUUUGCGGCGCACAUGGCGCUGCAAGGCGUGACGGUGAUGACCACCGCCAUGAACUACGAGACCGUGUCGGGCCGCCACGCCGGCCUGCCGUACUUCGAGGCCAUCGCCAUGCGUGGGCUCAUCCCCCUCUUCCUGCCGCACAAGGCGCGGCUGCCCUUUUACGACAACACGUUGGAUGUGGUGCACAAUGUGAACAGCGUCAAGUACAUGCCCGUGCUAGAGUUCGAGGAGCUCGUCUACGAGUGGGACCGCGUGCUCAGGCCAGGCGGCAUCCUGUGGUUUGAGAUGUUCUACGCGCCGGUGGAGGACAUGGUGCUGUACGUGGCGGUGCUGGAGCAGCUCAGAUACCGCAAGCUGCACUGGACGCUCAUGCCCAAGCCCGACCGCGGUGAAAUAGAGGCGCACCAGCUCUACCUAAACUGUGUCAUUGAGAAACCAGCUAGGCGCCAUGCCUUGAAGCCUAUUGAAUUCUAAAAUGUGUUGCUGUUCUUUGAGCCAGCCUUUCCACAGGGUCA